GACUGGUGGAAUUCUACAUCUUUUGCAAACUACUACCGAACCUGGAAUGUGGUAGUACAUGACUGGCUGUAUUACUACAUAUACCAAGACUUCCUUUGGUUCUUUGGGAAGAAGUUCAGAUCUGCUGCAAUGCUGUCCGUCUUUGCAGUUUCUGCUGCUGUACAUGAAUACAUCCUGGUUGUCUGUUUUGGUUACUUCUAUCCUGUCAUGUUUUGCCUCUUCAUGUUCUUUGGAAUGAUUUUCAACUUCUUAAUCAACGACCGAAGGCAAAGUUCCAUUUGGAAUGUGAUCAUGUGGACUUCCCUCUUCCUCGGUCAUGGCAUCAUUUUUUGUCUUUAUAGCCAAGAAUGGUAUGCCCAUCAGCAUUGCCCCUUGAAAAAUCCCACUUUCAUGGACUAUCUGAAGCCGCGUUCCUGGACUUGCCCCGAUAGGAUCUGAAGUCCCCAGGCUGAGGCCAGAAGACAGUUCUUUAGAAACAACAGCAACACCAUAUACCUUGGACCAAUGAUCUAAAUGUCUUGAACCUUUUAAAAGGGAAAACGAUCAUCCUUAGUUAUUUUUUUAAAAAAUAAUUUCUUGAGGCAGCUAAGACUUCAGAAUGGUUUUUGU